UCUGGCAGGGCGAGCACAUAGUUUUGAUGAAGGAGUCUGUGCUCUGGCAUAAAUGCAGGCCGAGUUGUGGAUAACUCUCUUGUGCCAGCUAUGUUUUGGAGAUGCUGCAUGAACGAGCCUCAACGCCACUUGCAUAACGCGAGUCAAGGCAAGCUCCAACCCCACAUCGAAUGCCCGCUCACCGCCAUCCACCUCUGCUUUCCCACGUUCGAGCAGACAACACACACAAACACACAAACUAGCCGUUCCUACACGCAGCAAACAUGGAUGAGAUCGCGCCCGAGUACGACGUCGUGGUCCUGGGAACAGGUCUCACAGAAUGCGUUCUUUCAGGUGUUCUCAGUGUGAAGGGCAAGAAGGUCCUCCACAUUGACCGCAACGACCACUACGGCGGCGAGGCCGCUUCCCUCAAUAUCGAGGCCCUCUUCAAGAGGUACGGACAGACCGCUGGCGAGCCAUGGAAGAAGUACGGCCGCGUCAACGACUGGAACAUCGACCUCGUCCCCAAGCUCCUGAUGGCCAACGGUGAACUCACCAACAUCCUCGUUUCCACCGACGUCACAAAGUACCUCGAGUUCAAGCAGAUCGCUGGCAGCUACGUUCAGCAGGGCGCUGCUACCAAGGCCACCGUCGCCAAGGUCCCCUCAGAUGCUGGCGAGGCGCUGCGCUCGCCGCUGAUGGGCCUGUUCGAGAAGCGCAGAGCCCGCAACUUCCUCGAGUGGGUUGGCGCAUACAAGACAGAUGACCCUGCUACACACAAGGGUCUCGAUGUCAAGAACGUCACCAUGAAGGACGUCUACGACAAGUUUGGACUGGAGGCCACAACCCGCGACUUUAUCGGCCAUUCCAUGGCGCUCUACCAGACUGACGACUACAUCAACCAGAAGGGUGCCGCCAACGAGGCCAUCGAGCGCAUCCGCCUCUACGUCAACUCCAUGGCGCGGUACGGAAAGUCCCCGUACAUCUACCCUCUGUACGGCUUGGGCGAGCUUCCUCAGGGCUUUGCCCGUCUCUCGGCCAUCUACGGUGGUACAUACAUGCUCAACACCGACGUCGACGAGUUCCUCUACGACGGCAGCAAGGUCGUUGGUAUCAAGGCCACCAUGAAGGAGAAGGAUGAUGCUGGCCCAGGCAUGAAGUUCGAGACCAAGGCCAAGAAGAUCCUCGCAGAUCCCUCAUACUUCCCGGGCAAGGCGCGCGUCACUGGACACCUGCUCAAGGCCAUCUGCAUUCUUAACCACCCCAUCCCCAACACAGACAACUCCGACUCGCUGCAACUGAUUAUUCCCCAGUCGCAGGUUGGCCGCAAGAACGAUAUCUACAUUGCCGUCGUCUCGUCCGCCCACAACGUCUGCCCCAAGGGCUACUACAUCGCUAUCGUCUCGACCAUCGCCGAGACAGACGCCAACCACCACCUCGAGCUCCAGCCCGGUCUUGACCGCCUCGGCAAGAUUGAGGAGCAGUUCAUGGGCCAGCCCAUCCCUCUGUACGAGCCACUGGAGAGCGGCAGCAACGACAACAUUUUCCUCUCGAAGAGCUACGAUGCCACAAGCCACUUCGAGACCACAACAGACGACAUCAAGGAUAUCUACCAGCGCGCAGAGGGCCACGAGCUUGUUGUUGAAGGUCUGAGGGAUGGACAGUUCAAUGUCGAGGCAUAGAUCAAGGUGGACUUUGGGAGACGGGAAGAAUAGCAAGCGGCCGUUUUGGAAUACCAGAUCAUUGACAGACACUUGGGACAUGCAGUGCAAGAUGCGCGGCCGUGUUGCGGAGAGGAGGUUUCCGUUUUGGGCGAUGGUCCCUCGAACUUCAAACCCCACACACGACCGCAACUUGAAAGCUUUUUGAGCCCAGACAGCUACCCAUAUGCUCUGACG